GAGUGGGUGAUGCCGUUGAAUGGAGAUGAUAAGGAGCCACCUAUACGAAAAGAAGUAGAGGAGAGGCCCUAAAAAUGACCUCAGGUUAAUACCGGGUGGUGGAGGUUACGGUACCGCAAAGUGGUUCUGGCCGGGUUGUCUGCCUGGCGGCUGGCGUCAUCGCAUGUGGCUACAAUCGACUAAACUAAUGUACUUACUUCAGGUGGUCCCAGACGGACGGGCCAGUCUCGCUUUUCUUUUGUUGCCCUUCUUGACCUCCGAUUCCCUGCCCCUAGUGCUCGACCCCGAUUUGAUCGCUUCAGGCACCUCCUCAUUCCAGGCAGAUCGGCAUGGGAUCAGAGACUGCAGCCCAGCUAUCUACGGGGACAGUACCCGGGACUUUGUUUGUUGCCUGCCGGGAUCUCUUCAGCUAGUCUUGUUCGAUAGCCUCCCUCGCUGACAGGAAUGGGUCGCUAGGGACAGCAGCGACCAAAAGAGAA